AUAUUUACUCCCCCGCCAUGGAUAAUAAGAAGUUAGCAACAUAGCCACAAAAUAAAGGAAGAAGAAGAAGUUACGCUGUUCGUUAGUCUGUCGGUUGAACCCCCAAAAACCUCACAAAACCCUCGACAAUCUCACAGUUUCAUCCAUCAAUUGGGUUUGUUUAGUUUCGACAUUUUCACUAAAUUGAUGCACCGCUGUCUCUUUAUUCCGUGAUGACUCUUGUGCCCAGUCGUCAACUUUACCCAACGAGCUUAUUCGACUCAUUCCAGAGCUCCUUCUCAAAGUCCCAUGGCCCCCACAUCCAUUUAUUCAGGUGCGGUUCCUCCAUUCCUUUCAAAAAGCACACUUUCUAUGCCACCCACUACACUGUCAGCUCUACCUUAAACCCUGAGCAAAACCCGCUAAGGAAAUCAAAUUUUGUUAGGAAAAAUCAACCCAUUUCUCAAUAUAAACCCAAGAAGAAUUUUUCUAGCAGUAGUUGGAUUGAUAAAUGGAAUGUCUCCCACAAACAUAAUCGCCCAAAGCCACCCCGGGCUGUGUUGGACUAUCAGAGUAGUGAAAGUGGGAAUUUGAGUGGUUCAGGAUAUGCUGAGGGUGAUAGCGGUGGGGGUAGAAAUAGUAGUGGUAGUACAAUGGAGAAGAUUGUUGAGAAAUUGAAGAAAUUUGGGUACGUUGAUGAUAGCAAUGAGAAUAAAGGGGAGGUGAGAGACAGAGUGAUUGAGAAAGGUUCUGUGGAGGAUAUAUUUUAUGUUGAGGAAGGAAUGUUGCCAAAUUCAAGGGGUGGGUUCUCGGAGGAAUCACCAUUAGGGAUAGAGAAUGUGUUUGGAGGUGAUGGUAAGGUGAGGUUUCCAUGGGAAAAGCCAAAAGAGGAAGAGAUCCAUGGCCCCCACAUCCAUUUAUUCAGGUGCGGUUCCUCCAUUCCUUUCAAAAAGCACACUUUCUAUGCCACCCACUACAGUAUCAGCUCUACCUUAAACCCUGAGCAAAACCCGCUAAGGAAAUCAAAUUUUGUUAGGAAAAAUCAACCCAUUUCUGAAUAUAAACCCAGGAAGAAUUUUUCUAGCAAAAUAGUAGGUGGUGGUGUUACUCAAGCCGUAGUGGAGAUGAUCCAUGAGAGAUGGAAGACUUCAGAGAUUGUGAGAUUGAAAAUUGAAGGGCCCCCAGCUCUUAACAUGAAGAGAAUGCAUGAGAUAUUGGAGCGAAAAACUGGUGGUUUGGUGAUUUGGAGGUCUGGCACAUCCCUUUCUUUGUACAGAGGUGUGAGCUAUGAGGUUCCUUCAGUAAAACUAAACAAGCGGAUAUACAAGAAAAAUGACAUUUCUUCCGCACCUUUACCAACUGUUGCUGAUAAAUCUGUUGGAGACUUUGCUGAGCUUGCUUCUUAUAGUAAUGUAAAAACACCCAAAGAAAAGUCAGAGAAUACUUCCCAGGAGAAGGAAGACACAGAACAGUUGGCAGAAGUGAAGUAUGAAGAUGAAGUAGACAAACUUUUAGAUAGUUUAGGCCCUAGAUUCAAAGAUUGGCCAGGAUGCGAUCCGUUACCUGUAGAUGCAGAUAUGCUCCCGGGGAUAGUUCCUGGUUACCAGCCGCCCUUCAGAGUACUUCCUUAUGGAGUGCGAUCUACCCUUGGUUUAAAGGAGGCAACAUCUUUAAGAAGGCUGGCUAGGGUUCUUCCACCACAUUUUGCUUUAGGCCGAAGCAGACAGCUCCAGGGUCUAGCAGUAGCCAUGGCUAAAUUAUGGGAAAAAAGUUUGAUUGCAAAGAUUGCACUGAAACGUGGUGUUCAGCUGACUACUAGUGAGAGAAUGGCUGAAGACAUAAAGAGAUUGACAGGGGGUGUCAUGCUAUCUCGAAACAAGGACUUCUUGGUCUUCUAUAGGGGGAAGAAUUUUUUGUCACCAGAUGUCACUGAAGCGUUACUGGAAAGGGAGAGAUUGGCAAAAUCCCUUCAAGAUGAAGAGGAACAGGCGAGGUUGAGAGCUUCAGCCAUGAUCAUACCAAAUGUUGAAGUAGCACAACACUUUGGUAUCGCUGGUACACUUGGAGAGACUUUGGAUGCAGAUGCUAAGUGGGGAAAGAGGUUGGAUAAAGAAAAAGUUAUGCGAGAAGCAGACAUAUUAAGGCACGCCCAUCUGGUCAGAAAGCUUGAACGAAAGCUUUCCUUUGCUGAACGAAAGCUAAUGAGAGCUGAACAAGCCUUGUCUAAGGUAGAGGAAUCUUUGAAACCAUCCAAGCAGCAAGCAGACCCAGAAAGCAUUACUGAUGAGGAGAGGUUUAUGUUUCGUAAGCUUGGAUUAAGGAUGAAAGCUUUCUUACUUCUUGGUAGACGUGGAGUAUUUGAUGGUACAGUGGAGAACAUGCAUUUGCACUGGAAGUACCGGGAGUUGGUCAAGAUAAUGGUGAAUGCUAAAACUUUUGAACAGGUCAAAAAUAUUGCAUUAGCACUUGAAGCAGAGAGUGGAGGUGUCUUGGUUUCAGUAGACAAAGUUUCCAAAAAAUUUGCUAUAAUUGUGUACCGAGGAAAGGACUAUCACCGACCUUCUACAUUGAGGCCAAAGAAUCUUUUGACAAAAAGGAAAGCUUUGGCACGCUCUAUUGAGCUUCAAAGACAGGAGGCUCUUCUAAAACAUAUUUCAGCUGUGCAGAGUAAAGUGGACACACUUAGAUCCGAAAUAGAACAAAUGGAUAGUGUGAAAGAUCAAGGAGAUGAAGCAUUGUACAACAAAUUAGAUUCUUCUUACCCUACUGACGAUGAGGAUUCUGAGGAAGGAGAUGCUUAUCUUGAAACAUAUAACAGCGAAAAUGAUGGUGAAGAUGAAGGCAAUUACUCAAUUUGCAAUCCUCACCUGGAAACCAAUUUUCCUUAUUUCGAGAAUCAGGAUUCUCAAACAGAAUUGGAAGUUCCUGAACACCAUUUGCAUGCAGUGCCGACAAAUUCAUGUGCUGGAUCAGACCAAGAUGAGGAACAUGACUCCCUACAAUGAUGGUAUCAACUGAAUGUAAACCAUUGGUAGAACAGCAUUCAGAAAUUGUCGAAAGGGUUGUGGGAAUAGCAUCCUGGUUGCUUGGCAUAUUGUACAGACAAUUUUGGGAGGCCGACGUAUAUGUAACUUUA